AGCAAGUGAAGUACUCGGGGAGAUUUGCAUGUGGCCAACAUACUAGUAAUUAACUCCUCCAUACUCCCUCCGUCCUCCCGCCGCAACCGUCAAUUUCCUCAACCCACACCAAGAUGGUCUCCCAGACCGACCGCGAGAUCCUGCGCGCAGAGAUCCGUUCUCGCGGCGACAAGCUCAAUGCCGCUGACCGCGAGAACCUACUAAAACCCUACCUCCCCGACCCAGCGGACCUAGCACCCGCGAACUCGACAAGCUCAACCUCGCCGCGGCGGUCCCGCGCUGGAACCUCGUCUUCGCAACGGCGCCAAAAGCCUCGCAGAAAGCCUAUCCGCACGUUCCUCAAGUCACAGCUGUACCGUCUGACGUAUGCAAUUACCCAUAUCUUCUUUGGAAUUGUGGUACGUCUGUUGCAGGCUUACCAUGCCGUUGUGGAUCGGAUCUUUGCUAUUGUGUACCACCACCAUCGCACGCCGGAGUUGAUCCGCAAGGAUGUUCGGGGUUUGAAGAGGUUGCCGGAACAUCUUAGUGUGAUAUUGACGCUGCAUAAGGAGGAUGAUGCGUUGGCGGCGUUGAUGGAUGAGGUGGCCGAGUUGGCUGCCUGGAGUGCCUGCGCGGGGAUUCCACAGCUCAGUGUGUAUGAGAAGUCUGGCGUUCUCAAAUCCUGCAUCCCAGCUCUACACCAGAUCAUCUCCACCAAAUUAGCCUCCUACUUCGGAACACCCUCCCAACAACCCUCCCUCCAACUCUUCGCCCCUCACCACCCCAUCCACGGCACUGCACCAAACCACAAGUCCGAAACCCCCUCCCUGACCCUCCUCCUCCUCUCCUCAACAGACGGCCGCGAAACAAUCGUCGACCUGACCAAGACCCUGGCCGAAAUGUCUCAGAACGGCAAAUUGUCACCAGAGGAUAUCACGCCGGAACUGGUGGAUGCAGAGAUCAGUGAAAUCACCACUCAACCUCUCCGAGCCAGCGGCCGUGGUGUCAGCCCAUUGAAGCCCGAACCAGAUCUUCUGCUGGUGUUUGGUCCGUUCUUGAAGUUGGAUGGGUAUCCGCCGUGGCAGAUUCGGUUGACGGAGAUGUACUGCACUGGGGACCGUAACCAUGGUAUGACUGGUUAUGGGGAGGCUGUGGAGUAUCAAGGGUUUAUGCGGGGAUUGUGGCAUUAUGCUGGAGCUCAGAUGCGAUUUGGUCGUUGAGGAUGGGACGAAGGGAGUAUAGUACGAGGGGUACUGAAAAUGGGUUCGAAUUGCAUGUUGGAAUUUCUUAUACUGUGUUGUUAUACCAUAUUAUAUUUGCAUCGACGAUGCGGUGUGUAUUACUCUAUAUCAUUUAAACAUUUAUGACUUUGCAUAUGCCAAAUGCUGAGGGAUUUCAUG